AUGUCAACCGUUGGGACGUUAUCCCCCUCAGGGUGUUUUUUCGACAACUCUUAUGUCAGAACGUACUGUCGCGAAUUCGUUAAGAUAAGGGAGCUCGUUCCUGAAUCGCAGGCGUACAUGGAUCUACUUGCGUUUGAGCAGAAGCUGGAUGCCACUAUUACACGGAAGAAGCUGGACAUUCAGGAGUCGCUCAAAAGACCUCAGAAAGUGAAGAAGAGGCUUCGUAUUUAUAUAUCGCAUACGUUCAUUGCUGGGAAGGAACCAGAGAAGGAGGGCGAGGAGGGCUCAGUACCGAUGUGGGAAUUACGCGUUGAAGGAAGACUGAUCGAGGACCAGGUUAAUGGAUCUACCGCUGCUUCUGGACAUUCAACACCUGCUCCGGCAGCACGUCCCCUUCCUAAGAAAAAAUUCAGCUCAUUUUUUAAAAGCUUGGUUAUCGAACUAGACAAGGAUAUCUAUGGUCCUGAUAAUCAUUUGGUUGAAUGGCACCGUACACCGACGACGAAUGAAACGGAUGGUUUCCAGGUGAAACGCCCAGGCGAUCGUCCCGUGAAAUGCACUAUAUUGCUUCUUCUUGAUUAUCAACCGAUGAAAUUCAAGUUACAUCCACGACUAGCUAAGGUUCUUGGUAUAGCUGCUGAAACAAGGCCAAAAAUUAUUGAAGCACUAUGGCAGUAUAUUAAAACGCACAAGCUUCAGGAUCCCGUAGAUCAUGACACCGUAAACAAUGACACUUUUCUGGAACAAGUGUUCAGUUGUAAACGAAUGCGUUUCAUGGAAAUUCCACAGCGUUUACAUCAACUUCUCCAACAACCUGAUCCGCUGCUUUUUCUUACACCCAGGAGUAGUUUCACUCCACCCUACGUAGAAGUUGAGGACCCGCUGAAGCAGCAUAUGGCGGCGUUUGUGCACGCCCAAGCUAACACACAGGACAUUGCUAACCUGGAUCAAAAGAUUUAUGACGUUGUGGACCAGAUCAAUGAGUGGAAAACGCGACGUGAUUUCUAUGUACGUUUUGCUGACCAUCCACAUGAGUUUAUAAAAAAGUGGUUAGUGAGCCAAAGCCAGGAUCUUAAGGUACAGUUUAUUUUUUCGAAUGGUUCAAAUCAAUUCUAUGCGAUAGUGCGAUUUGCAGACUAUGACCGAAGCAACUGGUGA